GCUUCUGCUGCUGCUGUCGUUGCUGCUGCUGUCACUGCUGCUGUUCCCCCAGUUAUCAGAAACUUGUUCUCUGUCCAUCGGAAGUUUCCCUCUGAUUUCCCGGUUGUUUUUGUUUUUGAGUCAAACUAAAACACACACACACACGCUCCUCGCAUCUACCUUCGUCUCUUUCAUUAAGCAUGGAUGUGUACGAAAGAAUCAAUAUAUCCUACCCGAUGCCCCGUUUUAAGGAGCACGUCUUGUGGGAAGUGACCCUAAAGGUUGUCUUCUACAGUUUAAUAGUGAUCUUCUCCCUAAUAGGGAACCUGUUAAUCAUAAUCAUCGUCAUGAGACAAAAACGCAUGCGGACAGUGACUAACUUUUAUAUUGUCAACUUGGCUGUAGCCGACCUUCUUGUCACAGUUUGUUGCAGCUGGGUUCAUCUCGUUGACGAUCUCACCGAAGGAUGGGUCCUCGGAGCAUUUUUCUGUAAAGUUAACUCCUUUGCUCAAGUGGUGUCCUUGGUUGCCAGCGUUUUUACGUUGUCUCUCAUUGCUUUUGACCGAUUCUAUGGCAUCGUGUUCGCUCUCAAAGCACACAUGAUGGAGAGAAAAGCGAAAGGCUCUCUGUUUUGCGUCUGGUCAUGCGCAAUAGCAGUCGGAUGUCCGAUACUUAUAUCUCGAAACCUGCACGUGCGCGUCUGGUUAGAUCACGUGGAGAGAUGGUGUGAUGAUGGUUGGCCAAUCCAUAGCAAUACUGCAGACCCCACUUCCCGUCGUAUCUACUACACAUUUGUUGCCAUCGUUCUCUAUGUCUUUCCGAUGCUUGUGAUGACCUUCACCUACACUAUAAUUCUAUGGAAGCUUAAUUCAACUGCCAUGCCAGGUGAAACUAUUGAAAGAGAAGUAAUUCUUCAAGCUAGGAUGAAAAGGAAGGUUGUCAUCAUGUUGGUUUCGAUCCUUUUUGUUUUCGGCAUUUGCUGGUUACCCUAUCUAAUAUCACUGUUAUAUUCAGAAUAUAAAAGUUCCGAUGAGUUGAGCCCAUGGUUUUAUGAUCUUAAGUUUUGCGCGCAGUACUUAGCUGAUUCGAAUGCUGCUCUGAACCCUGUCAUAUACGUGGGCUUCAAUGAAAAUUUUCGUAACGGUCUUCGAGACACGAUGAGGUGUAUGCAGAAACGGAAUCCAGAAGAAAUAAUGAUGCGAAGAAACAAUUCCGCCUAUCAAAGCACUUCGGUUACAAAUCUAUGAACGAAUAAAACUCUACAUAUCAGGACUGAUCAUACCAAAAAAGAAUUUUUUCAAUGCUUGUAUUUUUUAUCUUUGCGAAUUCUAGAAAUGCAACACAGAAACACAAAAUGCAAGUAUCUGUUGAAGAAAUAAUCAUCAAAUAUCAUGUCGGUUCACAAGUGUUUGCAACAAUAUAUUUUCUUCUGUGGCAUUGAGUAUCAUAAGCGUAUGAAAUCAUUAUAGAAUACUUUUUGCUUAAAUGUUUAGAUGUAUUUCAAUGAAGUUCUUUCAUUUAACUUAUUACUUAGAUUCUGUUUCGUUUCCUUAAAUCAUACUAAGCUGUAUGUUUAAGGGUUAAGUGCCCGUUAAGAAGCACUUAACUGUUAAUAUUGAUUCUAUGAUCCUUUGUAAAUUCUUAAGUGAAACAACAUAAUUUCAGAGCGUAUUUGGAAAAGAUAUGAAUGAACUUCACAACAUUCCAUUCAUUGAAUCUUAUAUCAUUAGUUCUUCCAACCUAAUAUUAAAAAGAGAUCACUAUUACAAUGAAUUAUCACUGAAGAAGAUUCUUUAGUCGCUUUGACCAACUCGGUGUACCGGUAAAUUAAAACCAAACAAUUCUGUUGUUCAAAGUGAAAAUCGUGUAUUAAAAUGUUAAAUGUGAAGAUAACCUCUCCACUACAGAUAUAAUAGGACGACGACAGUGAAAUACUUCAAUCAAUGACAGAACACAAUGUGACACAGGAUACAGUUAACUGACAGCUGAACAGACUUAAACAUGUCCGCACAUUGACGACGGCCAUCACACCUAUUAUUCAGCAAUGCAUUGUAAAGUGAUGAUAGAAUCGUUGUGAAACGUAUCUCAUGUUAACUUAUCAAUGAAAUGAAUUAUUUCACUACGUUCGAAGAUUUUCUUCCUCGUUCAUCAAAUCUCUAAGGCCAGAGAUUUUAUCAAACCAAACUACUUGUACGAACGAUCAAUAUUUAUUUUUAUCACAUAUCAUGGAAUAUAACUUUGGCUUUAUUGUCAUUCUGUUUUCAUGUCACCACACAACCACAUGUAUACAAAGCACACACAUACAUAUAUAUAUACAUGCAUACGUAUAUAU